AUGGCCACUGGAGGUCGUUCCUCUUUUGCCGUUUACUUGUACUAUGCGAAAGUGCUUCGGUUGUUGGAUUACCUUGUCGCUUUCUGUUUCGGUGCAACUGGAUUUCUCCUCGGGAGACUGAUCCGCCCAUACUGCCGCACAUUCUCGUGGGACGAUCUGAGUAUCAACAACUCAUUUGCCGAGAAGGAGACUUUCCCUGACUGGAGUCUCGUAGUUAUGGCUCUUGUAUCAUGUUUAUUUAUCUUUAUAAUCGAGAAAAUGCGUGAGCGUUACUCCCCGGUAGGGGAGUGGUAUAUGGACGAGCAAUUGCCUGAACCAUCAUCUAAUUCCAUCACGUCUUCUACGAACGUUUUGUCGGAAGAGAGAGCCGCCAACAGAGGCGGCGCUUCUGUGAGGGAACGCAAUGGCUUGGAAAAUCUACCACCAGCUCCUUCCUUUGAGAGGAAGGUGCAGCGAAAGUUUAUUGUCGAUCAGGUGAUUAACCUGUGGAUUCUUUCAGUGGUUUUCGCCUUUUUCUUUUCGCUUGGUAUUGUCGAUGUACUUAAAAUUUACGCUGGAAGACUUCGUCCCGAUUUCCUUGAUCGGUUGAGGCGUGAGGGCUUUAAUGCGACAUCGCCGCCGUCAAAUGCGUGCAGCCUCGCCAGAGAAGGCCGUCUGUCAUUUCCUUCAGGUCACAGCAGCUGCGCAUUUGCUGCAUUUACGCCACUGACAAUGUAUUUCCUUGGUUUAUCACGUGCUUUUAACAGCGGCCCCGUGUGGCGUAUCAUCCUAAGCAUGUUUCCAAUUUAUCUUGCGAUAUGUGUUGCGGCCUCAAGGACCCGUGACAAUCGUCAUCAUUUUUCCGAUAUUUUGGGUGGAAGCGUCAUCGGUCUGGUCAUCGGUGCCUUCUCUGUUAAUAUUUUCUUCCGUGUGAGAAGUGGUGAAGGCUAUCUAGUGCCCCGCCGUCUGGAGCCGCCCCGCCGCCGUAGCGGAUCGCCAAACGACAAUGAUACUGUUUGA